UUCCGCGCGGCCGAGUCACAGCCGCGCAGCUCGCCCUGCAGCCGCCCGACCCUCCCGUUGCCCUCCAAGUUCGACAGACCCGGGUCUGAGAACUUUCCAAGUGGGGAAACUGGGCGGCGAGUCGCGGGGAAGCGCAGGUACUUUUCAUUUCCAUACAAAUUUUAGAAUUCGCUUUUCAAUUUCUGCAACAAAGCUGACAUGGAUUUUAUCUGUUGAAGAGGAUUUUAAAAUGACCCCACAAAAGAUAAGUCUUAUGUCCUAACCUCUGGAAUCUGUGACUGUUAACUUUAUUUGAAGAGAUAAAUGAAUAGGUCUUUGCAGGUACAAUUAGGCUGAGGAUUGUGCAAUGAGAUCACCGUGUUGUUUAGGUGGAUCCUAUAUACAAUGACAGGUGUCCUCACAAGAUAGACACGUAGAGGAGUAGAUGAUGUGAACACAGAGACAAAGAUUGGAACAUUGUGGGUACAAUAAGCCACAGAAGUCAAGGAAUGCCAACAGCCACCUAAAGCUGAAAGAAUGGUGGAAAGAUUCUCCUCUGUGGCCACUAGAGGGCACUCGUGGCCUUUGCUGAAACCUUGAUUUCAGACUUCAGUCCUCUGGAGCUGAGAAAAUCUUCUUGUUUGAAGCCACCAAUUUGUGGUAAUCUAUUUUAUCAGCUAUAGAAAGCAAACAAACCCAUUAUCAGGCAGAAGAAGUUCCAUUCUAUUCCUUGUUUUUUGUUUAUCAAAUACCCAUUAUUUUGUUAAUGUGUUUAAAUUUUAGCCUCAUCAUAGCUGUUCCUCCUGGUGAAAACUGUUCCUGAAUGUGUUGGGUCCUGACACAUUGUAUCAAAUUAUAAUUUUGUCUGCAUCAAUCAUCUUGUUCUUUAUUUGAUAACAAAAUUUAAGAAGUCAUUGAGUUGGGGGUACAGGGGACCUGUACCUCACAAUACUUAGAAGGGAAAAAAGAAUGAUAAUAGAAUUUUUUCCUCAGUGAUUCUCUCUACAAUAGAGACACGCUGGGAGCCCUUAGGUUCACUUUGACCUUGAGAAAUACUUCAUUUCACUGUAGUGUUUCCAAAAUUAGGAGAUUUCAUAUUAGAUCUCAUACUUCUCUUGACGAUUAUAUAGAUUUGGUGACUGUGCUGUGAUCUCCCACAGGGCAGCCAUUGGUGUGAGCUGUACACCACCUGCCCCUUAAGCAAGGUUGCUCUGUCACUGUACCGUAGUCCUGUUAUUCCUCAUUGAUUUAGAUUUUAUAGAGAUUUGAGUUUACAGCCUGUAUUUUAGAAUCUUGUUGGAAUACAUUGUAAUGUUGAAGCAUGUGUCCCUGAGGACAGGCUUAGGGGUAAGGAACGUGUCAGCUAUAAGGCAACAACUUGUGUUCAAAGAGAAUUGUGGGAAAAGAGAUGAAAGGGAUUUUCAUAUAGUAUAUUACCUAUAGGGGGCAGGAAGGAGGGAGGAAGGGACGGACUUCUGGAUAUAUGCGGCAUAAGGAAGCAUUAAAAAAAAUCUCUAAACCAUCUGAAAGAAAGCAGAAAAACAAAAACAAAUAAAAAAGCAAACCCUCACCUGCUACAAACCAAAGGGAAAAAAAUACAUUUAUAAACUUAACCUAAAAUUUGAGAGGUGAUGGCAAAGCAAGGGUGCUGAUGAAUUGUGGCUCCGCUGGCUGUGCCGAUCCCCACCCAAGUCCUCCUCCCACCCCUGUAAGACAUGUUGAGGAAAAAGAUGAUCAGACCCAAUCCUGAGAAUUCUCACAAACACCCUCCAUUUGGGAAAGGAGUGAGUGGGUUCCCCAUGAAAUGCCCACACCACUGUUGGGGCUUGCCAGAGAGAGAAGAGGGUGCCAUGUUCUGGAGUUCCCUGCUACACUGAGCACAUGAAGCAGGCAAGAGCUGCUCCCAGCAUGCAGGGGCUGAGGAGGACACUCAGGACUUAAAGCAGCAAUGGCUGAAUUCCCCUGAAGGCUCCCACUAGUCUAGGCUGAAUUCCACACACCCCCUUCCUCCUACUCCUUGUCUGAAAUCCUUCAGUUUACAGAAAAAAAGUAGACAGAAACAGCACUCAUCCCUAAAACUGAAGCCGAUUGAGCUAUGUACUAUGAAUGGAAUCUAAAAAUUGAAAGAUCAUACUAUAUGCUGGGGGAAAACUGUUAUAGAGUAAAUAGCACUGAGUCAUAGCCCAGGUAAGGAAACUAACAGUAUUUAAAACGAUGAAUUCUUCAUCACCAUCAGGGUACAGGUUACAUAGGAUUCUGAUUUCUCCGCAGAAAUCAUUCAUGUUAAAAAAAAAUCAGUGAAGCAAUUGCCUUCUUUUUCUAUUAGGUUUUGAAAGAAGCCGUGUAUUCAAAGUAUUUACCUAGCUCAGUUUUUACUUACUCAUAGAGAAAAAAAAAACAUAUUCUCUCAGAUAUUAAGGUAACCUAGAAGCCCUCAUUAAGAAAAUGGCUUGGAAAAGAAGGUAGUCCAUCAGAUACUAGAUAAAAAUAAAGAAUACAGGAAUGAGUAAGUUAUGGUGAAUCUCAAAUUUUUUUAAAUGUGGAUUUAAGACCGAAUGCCUAGGAGAAUAAAGCUGCAGAGCAUUUGUAAAUGCUCUAAUUGCUAAUAAACCUAAAGUAAUACAAGCAAUAGAAAUUGAGAGGCUGGGGGUGACGGCAGGUGGAUAUUUAAGCUGCUAAUCAAUCUCAUCUCUUAGAGCUAUGAGACCGUCCGAAUCGGACUUAGAAACACAUAGAAACUCUUCCUUGUACUUUAGUCUUUACUGAAUGUGCAUGGGCCUCUUUUAGGAAUGUACGAAUUGCAAGGGAAAAAAAGCAAUUGCUUGAGCGUCUCUGUAGCUUUCUCUUAAACCCGAGUAACACUUAAAACAUUUUAAAUUACUUGAAGUAUACACACUGUGAGUCCACAAUUACAAUGUUACUUCUGUCUAGUCCUUCAGUGUCUUCGUUUCGUCAGCUGUCCGAAGGGAAUAACUGUGGUUCUCCGAGGGUUGGGGUGAGGAUUCAAUGUCUUUACCUAUGGGGUGCUUAGGACAGUGCGUGGCUCGCCAGCAGCGGUGAAAUCGAGGCUGCCCAAACUUCAACGCUGCACGCAUAGGAGAUAAGUUGGUUCAGCCUAUCUCAACGUGCUUCUAGCAUCUCUGGUAUUUUUCGUUUAUGAUUUGGCUCAGGGCGACUCAGUCUGGUGGUGACUUAAGUGAACAGUCUGUGGUAGGGGGGCUUCGGGCUGAGUCGGGUCUACCUGCGCCAGCUCUGCACCUGGGCGACCUUGGCUUUGCCCACACCGAUGACUCAAUCGGCCAGGCGUCUGGGCGCCUGUCCUCUUCCUCCGCCCCCUGCAGCCGACCCCCCGGCUCUCUAGCGGGGCCUCCUCCUGCCACGUGACGCCCCCGCCAGGGGCCCCAGCGCCCUCCUAGCGGACGCGCUGUUCCGGCUCCCGGGCUCCGCCUGUGCACGGCCUCCUCAGCUAAGCCAUCCUCUUGGCUGCCGCGGGCGGCAAAGCCCACGGCAUCUGCCAUUUGUCAUUCAGCCCGUUGGGAACGCCCCAAGCCUUGAUUUAGACGCGUCUGGGGCGUACUCCGGCCUCACUCUCCUGGCGGGCGAGCAAGCGGUCGGACGCAGCAGCCGCGCUCCCUGCACAGCGGAGCGCGGCCCGUGGCGCGCGGGGCGCUUCCCCGAUCGCAGUCAUGGCCGCGGAGGCGGCGCGUUCGAGCAGCCUCGCCUGAGUUCCGGGGGGCUUCGCGCCCCGCAGGGAAACCUCCUGUAACCUCUCCUGCCCAGGCAGGAUCGGAGGCCCCUCCUGUGAUCUUUCUGGGUCUCCCCGAGGUCCGGGUCCCUGAAGUUCUCCCCUCUGCGCCCCCUGCCUCCGCGUAUUAACCCAUCUGUCUUGCUGGGAGCCCAGUGGUCGCUGGCUCAGCACAUGAUUGCUUCUGCCUGAUUCAUACACAGUGCCAUUGGCUUUUGGUUGCUCUUAGGUCUGGCGUGGCCUCUGCUUCAGGUCACAUCUAAAACUCAUCCAUACCUGGCAUAGAAAGGUAUUUGCCUAGGAAUCAGAGGCGUUACUCUUGUUCUGUUACUGCGUGGAUUUGCAUACCUGUUUUAUGGUAUUUUAAUACUGUUGGUUUAAAAGAAAUACCAUUUCCUCUGAGUGCUGUUUUGAAUAUUUUAUGUUUGAAUCUUCAGACUUCUGAGAGAACUCCGUGCCUGACUUGUGGCUGAUGUAUCCUGUCACCCAGUAGGCUGUCAGAUGAUGCAGACCCCCUUCCUGUGCCUGGAUCUCUUCUGUGCCUCAGACUUUCUCGCUUGGGCUCAAGGCUGCAUGCGAAGUGGGACUUGGGAAAGGAGAGGACAGAAUUAGUGGCUGCUGCUGCUGUCUCUGCCCUGCACCUUCCUUCCCUGUGUGCCUCAGUGGUACACCGUUUGAUUGGCCUAUCUGAAAAGGAAGGUGUGAGAAGCAAAGCCCAUGGCCGCAUUCCCCUGCCAAAUAUGUGGCAAAACGUUCCUCACUCUGGAGAAGUUCACUGUUCACAGUUAUUCCCACACCAGGGAGCGCCCGUUCAAGUGUUUGCAGACCGACUGUGGCAAAGCCUUCGUUUCCAGAUAUAAAUUGAUGAGGCAUAUGGCCACUCACUCGCCGCAGAAAUCUCAUCAGUGCACUCAUUGUGAGAAGACGUUCAACCGGAAAGACCACCUGAAGAACCACCUCCAGACCCACGACCCCAACAAGAUGGCCUAUGUGUGCGAAGAGUGUGGAAAGAAGUACCACACCAUGCUGGGCUACAAGAGGCACAUGGCCCUGCAUUCAGCCAGCAGUGGGGACCUCACCUGUGGGGUCUGCGCUCUGGAGCUGGGGAGCACCGAGGCGCUGCUUGACCACCUCAAAGCCCAUGCAGAAGAAAAGCCCCCACCUGUACCCAAGGAGAAGAAGCACCAGUGCGACCAUUGUGAGAGAUGCUUCUACACCCGGAAGGAUGUGCGACGCCACCUGGUGGUCCACACAGGAUGCAAGGACUUCCUGUGCCAGUUCUGCGCCCAGAGAUUUGGGCGCAAGGAUCACCUCACCCGUCACACCAAGAAGACACACUCGCAGGAGCUCAUGAGAGAGAGUAUGCAGGCCGGAGGAGACCUUCUGAGCAACUUCCACACUAUGGAGCCUUCAUUCCAAGUGAAGGCUGCUCCCAUGUCUCCUUUCCCGAUAGGAGUUCCUGCCCAGGAUGGGCUUGUAGGUAGCUUGCCACCUGAGGUUCACAGCCUCACCCUUGGGCCUCCAGAACAGGCCAUCCAGCCUAUGCCACCACCACUGCCAGAGCCCAUUGUCUCUCUGCACCCCAUGGUAGCACCAAGCUCUCCUCCUGAAGUCUUUCAGAUUCCUAAGUUCACCACCAGUGCUACCUCAUACCCUAUACUUCCUAGCCUGCCUUUCAAAGCAGAUACUAAAGGGUUUUACAACAUCACUUUCUUUGAGGACUUGCCUAUGCAAGAACCUCAGCCACCUCACAGGUUCAACCUAGGUUUUGAGCUGGCUAAUGGAGAGCUCCUUCCUGGGGAGCUGGUGGCAGAUGCUGUGAAUCUAACAAUCCCUGCCGCUCUCGACAUAUCCUCCCUGUUGAGUUUCUGGCAGUUUGUCCCUCCUGCUCCCCCAAAUGUCUUUGGAGACAGCACUAUCACUCUGGGGCCUAUGGAACCUCUGCCCCAUACAUUUGCCUAUCUGGAGCAGCAGCAGCCACCACCACUGCCGCCGCCACCACCACCCCCACCACCUCCACCGCCCCCACCGCCCCCCCCACCGCCACAGCCACAACCACCACAGCAGCAGAUACAUCUGCUUCAGGGGCAGCCGCAGAUACAGCUGUUUCAGGGGCAGCCGCAGAUACAGCUGUUUCAGGGGCAGCCACAGAUACAGCUGUUUCAGGGGCAGCCGCAGAUACAGCUGCCACUGGUGCAGCAGCAGAUACAGCUGCCACAGGCGCAGCAGCAGAUACAGCUGCCUCAGGGGCAGCAGCAGAUACAGCUGCCUCAGGCGCAGCAGCAGAUACAGCUGCCACAGGGGCAGCAGCAGAUACAGCUGCCACAGGGGCAGCAGCAGAUACAGCUGCCACAGGCGCAGCAGCAGAUACAGCUGCCUCAGGCGCAGCAGCAGAUACAGCUGCCGCAGCUGCAGGAACAGCAGCUGCAGGAAGUGCAGCUCCAGCAGGGGCAGCUGCAGGAAGUGCAGCUGCAUGAGAUACAGCUGCAGGAGGCACAGCUGCAGGAGAUGCAGAUGCAGGAGGGGGAGAUGCAGGAGGGGGAGAUGCAGGAGGGGGAGAUGCAGGAGGAAGAGCUGCAGGAGGAGCAGCUGCAGGAGGGGCAGCCACCAGAAGCCCCAGUGGCUGUGGGCACCGUGAAUCUGGGCCAGCUCCCCCUGCCCCCGAUUCCCCCUGUCUUUACAAAUGGCACCACCACUGCCAUCCUGCCUCAUUUCCAUCAUGCCUUCAGAUAAAUAGUCUUUAAAAGCAAAUUUUUCUGAUUGUGGAAGAUGUUUUAAGAAGCAUUUUAAACAUCAGUUAUGAUACAAGGAAAGAUGUAGAAAACAGGAAUGGGAGUAUGGUGUAUUCAGUGAUGACUUGUCUUAAGAGAAUUCUCGAAUUGCAUGUAUUGUGCCAAUCUGUCCUGAGUAUUCAUUCUUUGUACCAAAUUUAACGAGUGCGUGUUCUUUAAUCAAACUGCAAAUAUUGUCAUAACCAACAUCGAAAAUGACAGCUGCUAUAUAUAAAUGUUUGUCAUAUUGAGUUUAAUUGUAAGCCAUGAUCAUCAUGUUAACUAAAUAACUUUUUAUGUGGCACUGCCUAGUAUGGAAAGGCUUGGACUUCUCCAAGUUGGGAGAACAACUUUUUUUUUCUUUUGCUUUUUUUUUUUAAUAAGAAUAUAACCUUUAUAUGUAUGCUAUAUUACAACUAAGGUGUGUAUCUCUCUGUUCAGGGAUUUUUCUACCUUUAGGGUUGAACGUAGUUUAGUUACUAUUACCAUAGCCAACCUGUAGUUUUAGAGAAAGAAAAUCCUUGUGGAACAAUAGGUUCCUCCAUUUUUAAGCAUUUUAAAUGUAGUUUGAAUAUUUUCCAUAUGAUGCUGCAAUGUGAGUUAUUACUUCAUUUAUCUUAAAGACAAAACUGGUUGUCAGUUACAUCUGCCUGAAAAAAAAAUCACUGUGUAACCAGGUUAAGUGGUAAAAUAAUCCAGGCGUCAGUCAAAGACAUUGUGCUGACUAUAAUAUCGAUUAUAUUUUUAACAGGAAUUUAAAAAUAUUACUGGAAUUUAUAUAUUAAAUGAGUUUUCUUUGCCUAGCUUAAACUACUAUUCAAGCUGCUUAAGUUCCUAAGUAUUGUUUUUAAUCACCAAUAGAUAAGUGCAUUUGUAAUUCAUCAUUUUAAGCCAUUAUUAGCAUUUACUCAAAGAGGAUUACAUUUUACAAUGUAAUUGUACCUGUAAUCUCUGUCUCUGAAAUCUCUUUCUCUUGAGGAUUACAUUUUACAAUGUAACUGUACCUGUAAUCUCUGUCUCUGAAAUCUCUUUCUCUUGAAUAUGGUAUCUUAUGAGUUUUUGACAUGUAAACUGUAACCUUUUAAAAACCUUUGUAUUUUGUUUAGAGGUUUUCUUUUCCAUAAACAUGUAUCUUACAUAUAAUAAACUUUACAUAUCUUGCAA